AUGUCGCAGGACACCGGGCUGUUUAGCAUCAAGCGGCCCCGCGAGACUCUGGGGAGUGUCCAGAAUUUCUCAGCGCUCCCUCAACCCUCGUCGGCUCUGAAGCGUACCAGUUCCAUUGGCGGAUUUAACGCCCCCUUCACCUCCCAGCAUACGCGUAUGUCGUUGAUGAACUCUGCCAGCCGACCACAACAACCCAACUUUACACGUUCCUCGUCAGGGGGAGUUUUUGGUGCCGAUGCCGGUCUUUCUUCCGUUAGGCGAUCCGUGUCGAGCAACAUGUUCCAUGGCCCCAGUGUCGGACGUCCCAGCUUUGCCCCCGGGCAACCUAUGUCGUCAUCGGCUUCUCAGAGUCUACAGCGAAGGAGCAGCGUCUUUUCGCGACCGUCUAUGGGCGGUCCGAUGGGCCACCAGUCGUUCUUUACCCAGACUCCUUCGGUGGCCGGUGUGCCCAGGGACCCGCGACCGAUUAGAGACCGAUCCUUCCAGGCACGCAUUGGACAGGAGCUUUUGGAAUAUUUGACCCAAAACAAUUUUGAAUUGGAGAUGAAGCACUCAUUGGGACAAAACACGCUCCGUUCGCCGACUCAGAAAGACUUCAAUUACAUUUUUCAAUGGCUAUACCAUCGGAUUGAUCCCGGGUAUAGGUUUAUGAAGAGUAUGGACGCGGAGGUGCCACCGAUUUUGAAACAACUGCGGUAUCCUUAUGAAAAGGGCAUCACAAAAUCACAGAUUACUGCUGUUGGUGGUCAGAACUGGCCAACAUUCUUGGCUAUGUUGCAUUGGCUGAUGCAGUUGGCGCAAAUGAUGGACAGGUUCAUUCUGGGCGAUUAUGAUGAAGCUUGUGCGGAGGCUGGUGUGGACGUUUCUGGGGACCGCAUUAUCUUCCGCUUUCUGACAGGCGCUUACCAUGAUUGGUUACAGGGCGGGGAGGAUGAGGACGAUGAAACCGCCGGGCAGAGAUUGGUUCCUCAUGUAGAAUCCAUGGCCGAAGAAUUUGAGAGAGGCAACGAGAAGUACGUUCAGGAAAUGCAGGCAUUGGAAGCGGAAAAUCGAUCUCUACGCGAUCAAAUCGAGGAGAUGGAGAAGAGCGCACCUGAUAUGGCCAAGUUGGACAAGCAUUUCCGAAUUUUAGAGGACGACAAGAGGAAGUUCGAGGACUACAUCCAGAACGUGCAGGGAAAAAUCGAGAAGUAUGAGACUCGCAUCAAAUUUCUUGACGAGGAAGUAAAAAAGACCGACACGGACCUGCAAGCGGCAGAAGAGGAGCGUAUUAGUCUCCAAGCCAGUGUGGACCGGCAAGGUAUCACCAUCCAGGAUAUUGAUCGUAUGAAUACGGAACGGGAGCGACUGCAGAGGAGUCUUGACGAUACGAUGGUCCGACUAGAAGAAGGAAAUGCGCGGAUCAUGGAAAAGGAAGCCGAAGCUAGUCAAAAGCUUGAGGAUCUGGAGGAAAUUGUCAAGGCCUACAAUACUCUUGGCUACCAGACAAGCUUGAUUCCCUCGUCUGCCGUCAACGCGAAGGGAGUUGACUAUGAACUCAGUCUCAAUGUCAAUGAAAACAGUUUCUCUGCGUCCCAAAUCGGUGGCGCCAACCGCAUAUCGACCGAAGGCGAUCGACUGCUGGCAGAUCCGUUCACCGGCUACCACCCAGCACACCUGUUGAAUCUAGACCUCCGAGGAAUAAUUCGGAGCAACCUGCAAACCCUGCGGAAGGAAAUCAACGAACGCCGCAAGAAUGCUAUCGAUGAUGAUAUGGAGCGACGAAACCUGCUAGACAACAUCAAGGAGGCCAUGGAUGAGAAGCGCAGCGAGGUCGAGGCUCUUGAACACAGGCGACGCGCCGCCGAAGAAGAGUUCGAGCGCACAAAGGAGAUUACAACCACACAGAAGCUCGCAUCGGAUGCGCAAAUUGAGAAGAUGGAGAAGGAGCUGGCCAAGAUGCGGGCCACAUUGAGCGAAAGUGUGCAAUUGAUGGAACAGCGCGAGAUGAACACCAACAUUGAGUACGAACAACUAACGCUGCGAGCCAAUGCCCUCCGAGAGGAACUGCACACGAAUGUGGAGAGCAUGUUGAAUGACGUCAUCCGUUUCAAGGUCCAUGUCCAGAAGGGUCUGGAAGACUACGAGAGCUUCGUGGUCGACGAAGUGGAACAAGAACUUGGGGGAGACCUACAACCGGCCGAUGAGAUGGACUUUGACGAGUGA